CUUCUCGGACAGUCUGGCAGGGAAGGAGUUACCCGGAUCCGCCCCGCCCGCUCACUGGAUGCUGCUCGUGGCUCAGGCCAGGCGGGGCGGUGUGACCCGCGGGCGGAGAGCGGGGUGGACAGGGUGGCAUCGGGGCAGCGGAGGAGGAAGCGUCUAGCUCCGCAGAUGAUGGAAUUGAUGCCAUGUCUUUGGGAAAGCUUCUCCGUCGCGCUUCAUCCAAGGCCUCCGACUUCCUGACCUUAGGCUCCGGGGGAGAAAACUCCUCGAUCCUGGAUGGAGAGAUCAUCUUCUCGAAGAACAAUGUGUGCGUCCACCCCCCAGAGCUGCUGCACAACGUGGCAUCCCACCACCCAGGAUACCUGUGCGUGUACAUGGAGAAGGACGAGUCUUUGGGUACUACGCUGAUAUUGGCCUGGGUCCCUAACUCGCGCAUACAGCGCCAGGACGAGGAGGCUUUACGCUAUAUCACCCCCGAGAGCUCCCCUGUCCGUAAAACUCAUAAAAGAAGUCGGCACGUUCCUAAUUCCACAUCGUCUACGUUUCAUAAAUCUUCUUCUGCUUUUACCAAAGAGAAUGCCGGGGAUACCCCGAACCCAAGCAAAGCCGACUCCCUUCCGGAGCGGAAUACCUCUGACGGCUCCGCGGAAGGAGCAGCAGACAUCGCGGAGCAAGGGGAGGAUGAGCGCUCCCUGGACAUAUCUUCUGAUGAAGUCAGCAAGGACAGCACCCUGGAUUCCGAUUCUGACGCAUUAUCCUCCCCCUUCUGCAUGUCCCCGAUAUGCGAAGCCCUCGAAGAAUACAAUAGCUCUGUGUUUUUGGAGAAUGAGUCUAGACAAGAGGCGGACCGCCACGUGGCCUGCUAUGCGUCCAGUCCAGAUAACCUCUCCCAGUGCUCAGACAUGAAUGGCCGCGGGAGCCCCGCUAAGUGGGAGGAGCAGCAGAAGCUCCUGGCUCUGGAGCAGACCUGUGGAGUCUUCCGGGUAGACUUGGGCCAGAUGCGUUCAUUGCGACUCUUCUUCAGUGAUGACGCUUGCACCUGUGGACAGUUGGUGAUCGCCAGCAGGGAAAGUCAAUACAAGGUUUUCCAUUUCCAUCACGGUGGACUGGGCAAGUUAUCCGAAGUUUUCCAACAGUGGAAAUAUUGCCGUGAGGCUCAACUCAAGGAGAAGGUCUCUGAGGAGAAGACGUGUCUGCAUUUCUCAAUUCAAAGACCAAGUGUCCUCUCCUCUGAAUCGCAUCCUGAAGAAGGCAUUUACCAAAGACUGAACGUCACAAGGUGGUUGCAGCAUCUUAAUGAAGCCGGACAGGUGGAAGAGGAAUAUAAACUGCGGAAGGCCAUUUUCUUCGGUGGCAUUGAACCAUCCCUUCGAGGGGAAGUGUGGCCAUUUCUUUUUGGAUAUUAUAGCUGGGAAUCUGCUUCAGAGGAACGUGAAGCUCUGCGGGUUCAGAGAAGAGAGGAAUAUGCCCAGAUCCAGAAUAAAAGACUUUCCAUGAGUCCUGAUGCCCAGAAAGCUUUCUGGAGGAAUGUUCAGUUUACUGUGGACAAGGACGUUGUGAGAACGGAUCGUAGCAAUCAGUUUUUUCGAGGAGAGGAUAAUCCCAAUGUGGAGGCCAUGAGGAGGAUCUUGUUGAAUUACGCUGUAUACUGCCCUGGGGUGGGCUACUCCCAAGGAAUGUCGGACCUGGUCGCCCCACUGCUGACAGAAGUGCUGGACGAGUCUGACACCUUCUGGUGCUUUGUUGGCCUCAUGCAGAAUACUAUUUUUAUCAGCUCGCCCUGCGACGAGGACAUGGAAAAGCAAUUAAUGUAUCUCCGUGAGUUACUUCGACUCACGCACCCGCGUUUCUACAAACACCUGCUCUCUCUGGGAGAAGACGGCCUCCAGAUGCUGUUUUGCCACCGAUGGAUCCUGCUUUGUUUCAAAAGAGAAUUUUCGGAUUCUGAUGCCCUAAGGAUGUGGGAAUCAUGUUGGGCGCAUUAUCAGACAGAUUACUUCCACCUGUUUCUGUGCGUCGCCAUCAUUGUUCUUUACGGCGAGGAUGUCAUUGAGCAGCAGCUGCCGACGGACCAGAUGCUGCUGCAUUUCAGUAACUUGGCUAUGCACAUGAAUGGAGAGCUGGUCCUCAAGAAGGCAAGAAGUCUACUUUAUCAAUUUCGGCUCUCGCCCAAAAUUCCCUGCAGCCUCCAUGACUUAUGUAAGUUGUGUGGCCCCGGUAUGUGGGACAGUGGCUAUAUACCGGCCAUAGAAUGUACCGGUGAACACCCGGACUCCGAAAGCUGUUUGUACGGAGGAACUGUAGAAGAACCUAUUCCAAUGACGCCCAAAAAAAGCAAGAAAAAACACAAAUCACUUGAUGUUUUCACCUUUAGGAAAUAGAGAAAUUGCCUACAAGUGACAACAUGACAAGGACGUGAUGGAAGGACUCCGCACAUGUCCAUAGCACACUAUCAGCCGAUGGGCCACACUUUGGACUACCGCACACAUGGACAUGUUGGUUUAGGAAUGGUUUUAUUUUAUACUUAAGGAUUCUUUUGCAUUGACUAUAAGGUUUUCAAAUCUAGUUAGCGAGCCUUUGCCAGCGAAGCACAAUCCUGUACUCCCUCCUUUCUCCCCUAAAUUCUAUUUCAAAGUAAACGUGUACUAUAAAUCAAAUAAAUCUGUUGGCGGGAUUUUAGCCAAUCAGUGCUUUCUAAUUUAAAUAGAUUUUUAAUUAUUUCUUUUUGUUUUGUUUUUUUAAAUUAUUUUUGCAAUUAAAAGCCAAUCAGGUGACUUAUGACUACCAAUGCUUUAAAGGGGUUCUCCAGGCUGCAGAUAUUGAUGACCUAUUCUCAGGACAGUUAACGGAGCUGGAGGCAGAAGGUCCAUACACAGAGUAGUGGUCGUGACGGGGUUACUCCAGCUCAGCUCUCAUUCAGUACACUGACCCCGGAGACUACACAGUGUAUGGAGCCUUCUGUUUCCAUGCCGGGUGUCGGACCCCACCGAUCUAAUACUGACGACCUACCCUGAGAAUAGGUCAUCAAUAUCUAUAGCCUGGAGAACCCCUUUAAUUAGACAAGUAUUUGCCCCUGCAUUGCAUCAGUGGGAGAGAGAAUUACUUGAAGCCAGUUCUUUUAUGUAAACUGUACUGUUCAUAGCAUUGUAAAUAAAUCGCAUUUUCACAG